AAGGAAAUGAGUGGAAGAUGGCGGCCACUUUGACUGCAGUGCUGUAUCCUUCUGUUAUUUUUGGUAUUGGAUUUCUAUUGAACUUCUUCAUUUGGGGCAAGCAUUCAUCUGGAGCGGUUCCAUUCACGACAAUGAUUGCUCUCCUCUUCCUCUGGUUUGGUAUUUCCUUCCCUCUUGUUUUUAUCGGGUUUUAUUUCGGAUAUCGCAAGCAGCCUUACGAGCACCCGGUCCGGACCAAUCAGAUCCCCCGACAGAUCCCCGACCAGCCCUGGUAUCUCAGUCCUUUCCUUAGCUCAACUGUCGCUGGAAUCCUUCCAUUUGGGGCCAUCUUUGUGGAGCUAUUCUUUAUACUUUCAGCUAUCUGGGAGAAUCAGUUUUAUUACUUAUUUGGUUUUCUUUAUCUUGUGUUUGUCAUUCUAAUCAUCGCCUGUGCUGAAGUGGCCAUUGCUAUGACGUACUUCCAGCUUUGUGCUGAGAACUAUCAUUGGUGGUGGAGGUCAUACUUCAUCUCAGGGUCCCCUAGCUAUUAUGUUUUUGCUUAUGCCAUUAUAUAUUAUUUUACAAAGGUGAGAUUGAGGUUAACAUUACAUUCAAAGUACUGCCAUCUCUCUCUCCCUCUCUCUC